AUGGCCAUCAUGGUCCGCUACAACCUGCAGUCCUCAGGUGCUAGUGCAGUUCUGCAACCGUGUGGCCAUCAUUUGCCAGGGCUUCAUCAACCUCCUUUAAGCGGCCACUAUCCCUCCCGUACUCACCAUCCCUCCCCUGGAUUCAUCAACUUCGUCGUCCCAACGCUGCUCUUCCAUGCCGCUUUUGUCACCUACCCCACCCCCGAAGAGAUCGAAUCCCGAGGCUACCUCCUCAUCUACUCCUCCCAUCCCUCCUCCACUCCUCUCUCCGCCACUCCCCACACCUCCACACCCCUCCGAAGAACCUCUAGUGCUGAUAGAAGCCUGGUGGGUCUGAUUCAUAAUGUGAUUGCUGCGCUUUCUCCCAUGCAUUCGGCUAAUUCGUCUGAGGGAGGAGCAGGAGUCAUGGAGAUUGAUAUGGAAGGGGCGGGUGCUUAUAAGCAGAUGCCGGACAGUGUUGGUGGGGAGGUGGAGGAUCAGCAGCAGGGGCAGCAGAUCCGGGGGCUCAGAUUGACUAGAGCUAGUGAAGCCACUUCCUCCCCCAUCUCCUCUCUCAACCUCCCUCCCCAACAAAGCCAGACAGUCUCACACUAA